AAAAUAGAGGAAUGACAUCAAAAUGUCAAGUUUAAACUAAAUUAAUUUCUUAUUAAUAACAGAGUUAAUUACAGAAAUGGAUAAAUACGAGGUUGUUGGAUUGCUAGGCGAAGGAUCUUUUGGUAGAGUGUACAAAGCUAAACAAAUUUCUGACUCGAGAACUGUAGCGUUAAAAGUUAUAAGCAAGAGGGGAAGGUCGGUUAAAGAAAUUAAAGGUCUGCGAAGAGAAUGUGAAAUACAGAGACAUUUAAAUCACCCCAAUAUCAUUCAGAUGUUAGAUUCAUUUGAAACUGACAACGAGAUUGUCGUAAUAACAGAGUUUGCUCAUAAGGAGUUGACUACCAUUCUUAGUAAGGAAGGUUAUUUGACAGAGGACAGGGUUCAAGCAAUUGUAUGGGACUUGGCGUCGGCUUUGUAUUAUCUGCAUUCUAAUAGAGUUUUACAUAGGGAUUUAAAACCACAAAAUAUACUUCUUGAUGCAAGAAAUAUUGCAAAACUUUGUGACUUUGGCUUUGCUAGGAAUAUGAGUACUGGUACUCAUGUUCUGACAUCUAUUAAGGGAACUCCCCUAUAUAUGGCCCCAGAGCUUAUUGAAGAACAUCCUUAUGAUCACAGUGCCGAUUUGUGGUCAUUAGGUUGUAUAAUUUAUGAGCUUUUAAUAGGCUCACCCCCUUUUUGUACUUCUUCAAUACUCCAUUUAAUAAGAAUGAUUCGACAUGAACAAAUACAAUGGCCCACGUUUCUAUCAGAAGAUUGCAUAUCAUUUUUAAAAGGUUUAUUACAUAAAAAUCCGCGUAACCGAAUGACCUGGCCAGAAAUACUAAAGCAUCCUUUUGUGGAGGGUCAUAUUUUAAUUACAGAAGGCACACUGUCCAUGCCUCUGACACGACCAAUGUCGGUGAAUACUCUGCAAGUUAAAGAGCAACAGAGAAAGGACAGAAUAGCUCAGAAAUUGAUGAGGGCGAAUUCUCAAGAAAACGCGGCAAUAACAACCCGAACUAGUUCUAGUAAGGGCAGUAAGGGUAAUAAAAAUUCUAGGAAUGAGGAAAAGUCGAAAAAUAGUUUGUUAGGCAGCAAAAGUGUCGAAUCUAAUAAGUCUAAUAAGAAAACUGCUAGACAAAAAUCUUCAGGAAGCGAAGCAUCGAAGGACGAGGAUGCAAAAAUUUCAAAAAACAAAAAUAGUGAGAAAGGUUCUUCAAAAAAUGACAAUACUAAACAAGUAGAGGAACAGGAAGUUGAUCUCGAAAACUGGUUUGAGACAUCUGUUAAAGAAGAGAAAUCUAACAAUGUUCAAGAUGAUAUUCCAAAUUUAAAAGACGUGGUAGUUGGGCAAGAAGAUCUGAUAUUUCAUGAAGAUUCCCAACCGAUUGAAAAUGAAGAAUGGAUGGUGUUUUUAAGGAAAACAAUGUCCGAAAUAUUCAGGAAUGAAUUAUCGUCACUCACCGAAAUAAGUCUUGCAAAUGUUCUUUUAUCGCCUUUACGAAACACCAACACCAAUUCCAAAGUUAUGGGUUCUGUUGCCAGUUUGUUUUCGAUGCCUUUUGUAAUUUUGGACGAAAUGGACAACGUUCUAACUGAAAUAGAGAACGUUUAUAAUAAAAUAAAACUCGUCCCAAAUCUCGUGAACGCUGCUAAAGUCAUUUUAAAGCAAAAAGAUAUUAAUGGAAACUCUGACAGUGGGUCAUCCUCGACUUCCGACUUAGAAAAUGACCAUUCACCUUUGUAUAAAGACAUUUCCGCCCUCACAGAAGAAGAUUUAGAGGCUAUCGAAUAUUCAUUUCUUCUAAUUUGCAAUUUGGUUCAUCGGAAUAACAAUUUUGCUGUUCAAUUUUGCGAUUCUGUGGCCGUUUUGAAUAUUUACGAUCUUUUGAGGAGUUUAUUAUCUAUGGCUAAUCAAAGACCUCAACUUGUGGCUGAUUUGAUAUCUAUUUUGACUCAGGUAUUGAGGAAUGCUCCAGAAAAUUGGGAAGUUGUCGAUAAAAUUUUAAUUGGGAAGAAUCCCGAAGACAGGAAAGACUUUUUGCAACUUUUCAUUCACUCUGACGAUCUUAUAAGGGAGCGAAUGUGUUACCUUAUUCACGCUUUGGGGAAGUAUGCAUCGAAAACGUUCGACGAUAUUUGGAAUAGUGAGAAUAAGGAGACCUUGGAAGCUUUAAUGUUUGACUCGAUCGAAAAUGUGAGGAAUGCUGCUGAAGUUGCCUUUGAGGAGUUGAAGUCUUUAGAAAUGCGACCAUCGUCGACAGUACGAGAUUCGUUGGAAUGCGAAGACGAAAAAUAAUAAUCGUAUUUUGGAGAAUUUUUUUUAUCAAAUUUAUUCUUUCAAUAUUUGUAUUUGAUCUCAUUUGUUGAGCAAGUCAGAAUAAUGUGUAAAAUUCACUCAUGUCAAAAAUAUUGCAUUUGUAAAAGACUGUAAUACUAACAAUUAAUGGUAAAUAUACGU